AUGAACGUGCAGCAACAAAACGGAAACUUUACAAACGGAAAUAUAAAUCCUGCCAUAGGAUUUUCCAACAUGAUAAGGACGUAUAAUAACCAACCGCCGAAUAUUGAUGAUGAACGCGAUAAGAAAAGAAUUGACGUUCUUCUUCAAAUAAAUACAAUUCUUUUGCAGAAGUGCAUAAUAUUACAGGCUUAUGUCAUGAACAAAUCGAACACAGGAGCGAUGGACUACAAUCAAAAAAAAGUGAUGUAUCAAAGCUAUCUAAAAAGAAUUCAUAUGAAUUUGAUGUGCCUUGCUUCAAUAAACGAUAUUCAUACGCUAAACAAUACAAACCAGAAGAAAAACUACACCUUACCGCAGAUAGUCUUUCCACCUCAAGAAUUACCAGAAUUAAAUGAAUACUACAAGAGUUUAGAUGAGUUAUAUCCUGAUGCUGUUUUUUUAUAUCAGAAGCGAAUGGAAAUUAUGGUUCAGCAGCAGAGAGUAAGAAGACAACAACAACAACAACAGCAACAGUCGCCUGUAUCACAACAAAACUUUGGAAAUUCCCCAGGUUCUUCCAUCGGAAUGCCUGAUGGAAGGCAGACUCAAAGACAAAUGCAACUUGAUGCAUUCAGACAGCAGCAGCAACAACUACAAAACCAAUUACAACAACCUCAACAGGGCUUGCAUAAUCAAACAAACUUAAUGCAACAAAGGCCGCAACAAUUAUCACAAAUACAAAAACAGCAACAACUUUAUCGUCAGUUUUUACAACAAAGAGGGAAGAACGGCUCUCCAAAAAAUAUGAACUCAAAUCAAGCACAGAAAUCAAAAGUGCAUAUUGGCCAGGGCACUGGCCAAUCAUUUCAGUUUUUUAACGAAAGCUUUGAUGGGAACAAGGCGCAGAAUGUAACAGCUAAUUCGCAACAAAAUCAACCUGGUACGAUAUCUACAGCCGAUAUGAUCAGUAAUUCUGGAUCACCGACUAAUCCUGGAAUGAAUAUGGACAAUACGAUGAAUGCAAUCGAGAAUGUAUUAAGUCCAGAGCAGAUUCUUGCUAAGGUGAAUAGCUCUGGUGCACAGAGUAACGAUGCUAAUGGUGGGAUGGGUGGCCUAAACAACAACAAUAUGUUUAAUGGUUGGCAGAUGUGA